UUAUUCCACGAAACACCGCGUUUUUGUUUACAUUUCUUAUUCUCUCUCUCUUCGCCGUCAGGUUUUGCCCAAUCUUCGGUCUUCACUCCCGCGGUUUUCUUUCCUCCUAGAUUUUCAGGGAAAAAAAAACUACAAGCUCCGAAUCGAUUCUUCUCAAGUAAGAGGUGCCGUUUUCGUGUUACUCACACUUGUUAAUUUGCGUAUGGAUUUAGGUAGCUAUGGAUAGAAUCAUAGCUCGUAUGAAGAAAUCAUCGGGUAGGACAGGGGAUAAGACUCCGAUGCGGAGGUUAGAGCGGCGAGACGCAGCGAAGUACAUCAAUUAUGACGCAGCAUCUUCUUCUAGCUCGUCAGCUGAAGAUCUUUCCGUUUCGACUACUUCUCUGAUGACGCGCUCUCUGGAGCUCCCAGAUUUCAGAGUCUUCGGAGGAAGCGAUGGAGAAAUGGAUCGGAUUUAUCGGUCUCUUGGUUUGUCUGGUCCUGAAGAUUUGGCGAUUUCUUCGGCCGCAUGGGAAGAAGCUUGCAAGAAGCGUUCUUCCUCAGAUGUUGUUAAUAGGUUUAAGUUUCUUGAGCUCGAUAGUCACAAGUUUCAGGUCCAUGAUUCGAGUGAAGCAGGCCCUAGUGAUGCUGUUUCUGAUAAUUCAGCGGAUCGGGAUGAUACUGAGUUGACGCGUUCCGAGUCGAGCGUGAUUGGGAGUUUUAGCAAUUUAGCUGAUAAGGCUGUAGAUGUUGGUGGUGAAGAGAAAAAGCGUGUUAUUGAGCGAACACCGACCAUUUUGGUUAAGUCGAGAGGGUAUCUUGUCCCUAAUCCCGAUAAUGUUGUUGCUGCUGUUGGGGGUGGUGGUAUAAAGGGGAUAAGACCACCGGUACUUAAACCUCCUCCGUCAAUGAAACGACUUUCUAUGGAUCAUCAGGGAUCAUCCUGGGAUUUUCUUGACCAUUUUGCUCCUCCAGAGAGUGAAACAAUUCAGCGGCCAAGUUCCUCUUCUUCUUCUUCUUCUUCUUCUUCACACAAUGGUUGCGAUGAAGAGGAAGCCGUGGAAAAGGAAGGGACGGAAGCGAGGUUUCUCCACUCGGCUGAUACAGCUGACGAGGCAUGCUCAUUCACUACAAACGAGGGUGGUGACUCUUCUAGCACAGUAUCUAAUACCUCGCCCAUCUAUUCGUCCGGAUCUAUCAUCACGUCUUGGCAGAAGGGUGGGCUUCUGGGACGAGGAUCAUUUGGUUCCGUGUAUGAAGGUAUUUCAGGAGAUGGGGACUUCUUUGCUGUCAAGGAAGUUUCAUUACUUGAACAGGGAAGUCAGGCAGAAGAAUGCAUACAACAACUCGAGGGGGAAAUUGCACUACUUAGUCAGCUUCAGCAUCCGAAUAUCGUGCGAUAUCGUGGCACAGCCAAGGACGAGUCAAACUUGUAUAUCUUUCUUGAGCUUGUAACCCAAGGGUCCCUUCUAAAGCUCUACAAACGAUACCAGCUCCUAGACUCUCAAGUCUCAGGGUACACAAGACAGAUUCUUCAUGGUUUAAAAUAUCUCCACGAUAAAAAGUUUAUUCACAGGGAUAUCAAAUGUGCAAACAUAUUGGUGGACGCUCUUGGAGUAGUUAAACUUGCAGAUUUUGGAUUGGCAAAGGUGUCAAAAUUGAACGAUAUUAAGUCCUGCAAGGGAACUCCAUUCUGGAUGGCUCCAGAGGUAAUUGACCGGAAGCGUAGUGACGGGUAUGGAAAUCUAGCUGAUAUAUGGAGCCUAGGGUGCACUGUUCUGGAAAUGUUGACUGGCAAGAUCCCUUACUUCCCUUUAGACCCCGUUCAAGCCCUGUUUAGGAUCGGACGGGGUGAGCUUCCGGAAGUACCUGAGUCUCUAUCAGCAGACGCUCGGGAUUUCAUUCUUAAAUGUCUCAAAGUAAACCCAGAACAGCGCCCAACUGCAGCUGAGCUGCUGAACCAUCCAUUUAUGAGAAGGCCGUUAUCAUCCUCGGGCUCGGGCUCAGGCUCGGGAUUGGGAUCAGCAUCUCCGCUUCUCCAUAGAGGAGGCUAACUUAUAGAAGAUUGCCUAUAUAGGCGUAACCAGAAGAUCUGUGAGAGAUGAGACCCCAAAGAAACUAUUGGGGAGACUCGCGAUAUGAUUCUUCAACACACGGUUCGGUUGCGCAGGAAGAGCUAAACUACCUGGAGACAUACCCUUUAGGUGGUUUCUGGCUCAUUCGUUGGUUAUUUCUUGUGGUAUGUUGUGUUGGGCUUGAUUUGAAAACUGAAGAGCCAUAUUCUUUUGGGAAAAGGAUAAAACUUUCUAAAGCACGGGGAAAUUAGAGUGUCAUUCUUGGGGUUUUGAAUGUAUAGGUUUUGUUAGUUAUUUGUUAAAUUAUUUAGUGUAUGUAUGUAUCCAAUUGGUAAUGUAAUGUAUAAUUAGUUUUUGAUAGUUCUUGUGUGUUGUAAGUUGUAACUGUGUACACAUCUCGUGUUCUGAUGGGGGUUUAAUCUCUAUCGUAAUUCCUAAGAGCCUUUGAUUCUCUAUUUGGAAUUGGAGACAAUUUUA